GAGUGAAGUCACAUCUCCCUUGAGGCUGGAGCUACAAGCUUUUCAGAGCCUCUGCUCACCAUGAGCCGACAGCCACAGCCCCAAGCUGCGCGGACAGUGCGCUCCGCGUCUCUCCCGGUGUCGCCGACUUUGCCCAUGUCCCAGUAUGCGUCCCGCUCAGACUCCAAGGGCGCUUUGGACAGCAGCAGCCCCGAUGCCAACACGGAAGAUGACAAGACCGAGGAGGACAUGCCUGCGCCCAAGAACUAUCUGUGGCUCACCAUUGUCUCGUGUUUUUGCCCAGCGUACCCAGUCAACAUCGUGGCUUUGGUCUUCUCCAUCAUGUCUCAGAACAGCUACAAUGACGGAGACUACGAAGGAGCCAGGAGGCUGGGGCGCAACGCCAAGUGGGUGGGCAUCGCCUCCAUCAUCAUCGGCCUGGUCAUCAUCGGUGUGUCAUGCGUGGUGCACUUCUCCAGGGCUUCCUGAAGUGCCAGCCAUCAGCCGGGAGCAUGGAGGAUGGUCCUCAUCUGCACACAGCCCAAGAAGUUUCUGAGGAAUGGAUCCUCGAUUUUUAGACUGUGAGAUCUUUUCCUCCAGGACUCUCCAGAGGCAGGCCCCUGGCAAACGAACACCAAGUCCGGAACAUAGGGGAUCAGAACGGCACAGACGUGCCCAUCCACGUCACUGACUGAUAAAAAACACGAAAACGGUGUCUCGAUGUCUCGGUUCUCGGCAAACCCUUUGCAUCCAUUCCUCUUCUGUGGGGAUGAACUCCAGAAACCUCACGACAUGUCGCUGGGAGGUCUGGAUUUAGGGGGAGCAGGUGGUUUCCAAGGAGAGCAGUGAAUGCUGGUGUUUACAAAAUCAAGUACAAUCUUUGUAGCAUGCUAAGGUUGUCUAGUAAGUUGAACCCAUAGAUUUAUUUUUCCCAUGUUGUAAGUUCUCUCCAUCUCCCUUCGCAACCCCAGAGUUCACGCAAGACUUUCUAGACCUUUGUCCCAUUUAAAUUUUUCCCAAUAGUCCACCCCUUUUGCUUGUAUAUGUAUUGACCAGUCGGAGCCUGAGAAUGAACCCAGAUCCUAGGCAUAGGUGCACCCUCUCCAUCCCUGAUGUGGAAAUAAACUGGCUAUUUUAUGGAAUGUGGCUUUCUUUUAUACCUAUUUUGAGCAAAUCUUGAGCAAGAACUUUGAUUUUCCUGGAUGCUAUCUGGAAGAGUUUUAACCUUGCAUUUUCUUUUCCUGUCCAGCCUCAACUGUGAAUGCCCUGGCUUCAUGAUACCAUUGCCCCACCUGCCAGAGCAUGCUAGCAGAGAGAUCUUGCAGUGUGCAAAGCAUGUGCCAUGGGUGGUACACAAGGUGAUUUCUAAGUAACUUAUAAACACAAUGGUAAAUAACACUGAAUUUUGAAGAAUGCUUCAUGCUUUAUUUUUUUUCUCAUUCCUGGUUGCUGCAAGGAGAAUGUCUCUCUCGGUACCUGUGGGUUCUUUGCACCUGCCUGCCAGUACAGACACAGCACUCAGUCUAGAUAGAAUUCAGUGAUAUUAUUAGCUUCAACUUUGUGGUUCUCCAUGGACUGAUCUUCUGUAUUAUUCGAGUAAGUAAACUCAGUGGUAGAUAGAUAUCAAGUGAUCAACCUAAUAGGUAAUAUUUAUGGCAAAAAAAAAUCUCCAGAAUUAAUGUCAAAAACACAGUGACAAUGAAUUUGAAUAAAGAAAAGAGACCCUGUUCUAACUGAAUGAACAAGUGAUUGAGAGUCCAAACACCUAUU